CUCACACACACACGCAUUUAAGGACUGCAGAAGCAAGCGCUGAAGUCAGACUGAUCUCAGGAUUCAUCAUGUCUGGAGUUUGGACUGGGCUGUUGCUUGGUGUGUGUGUCUACGUGUGUGUUACAGCUCAGCGAAAUGGACCUCCAGGUUUCCUUUACCAUCAUCAUCAUCGGCAGCAUGAUCAAACAGAGGAGCCGAAACAAAACAUAAGCAACAGCAAGAUAGAGGUCCAGAGUGUGAAGAUAGACUGCAAGGUGGCGUCUCGUUUCGCCCACACUGUCAUGACCUCCACAGCUCUGAACAAGGCCAACGUCUCACAGGAAGUGUUCUUUGAAGUAGAAUUACCAAAGACGGCCUUCAUCACCAACUUCAGCAUGGAAAUUGAUGGUCAGACAUAUUUGGGAGAAGUGAAAGAAAAGGAGACAGCUAAGGAACAGUAUGAAAAGGCUGUGUCCGCUGGGCAGACUGCUGGCCUGGUCAAGGCCUCAGGCAGAAAGAUGGAGAAGUUCUCUGUGUCUGUGAACAUUGCCGCCAACAGCAACAUUACAUUCACACUUACUUAUGAGGAGCUCCUUCAGCGUCGCUUUGGCAAAUAUGAGAUCAUGAUUAGAGUCAAACCCAAACAACUAGUCCAACACUUUGAGAUUGUUGCUGAUGUCUAUGAGCCACAAGGCAUUGCAUUCCUGGACACCAAUGCCACAUUCCUCACCAAUGAACUGCUCCCCCUGGUGGAGAAAAUGGUCACAAACAAAAUGGCCCACCUGUCCUUCUCUCCUACUCUGGAUCAGCAGAGGAAAUGCCCAGACUGUGACAGUACAUUGGUAGAUGGAGAUUUCAUCAUCACUUAUGACGUCAACCGUGCAAAGGAUAUCGGUGACAUUCAGAUAGUGAAUGGGUACUUUGUACAUUUCUUUGCUCCAGCUGAUUUGCCACGAUUGCCAAAAAACGUAGUGUUUGUGAUUGACAGGAGUGGAUCCAUGCAUGGAAAAAAGAUGGAACAGACUCUAGAAGCUCUAGUGACCAUUCUAGGUGACUUAUAUGAAGAAGACCACUUUGGUCUGGUCACAUUCGACGACAAAAUCGAAUUGUGGAGACCAUCACUGAGCAAAGCAUCCCAGGACAAUGUAAAAGAAGCUAAAGAAUUUGUCAAAACCAUUACAGCAAGGCACAUGACGGAUAUCAAUGGAGCCGUUUUGCACGCUGUGGACAUGCUAACUGCAGCCAAGAAAAACAGCUCCCUCCCGGACCACAGCGCAUCCAUGAUCAUCCUUCUGACAGAUGGAGAUCCCACGUCGGGGGAGCAACAUCUACCCCAGAUCCAAGAGAAUGUCCGAAAUGCCAUUGGAGGAAACAUGAGCCUGUUCUGCUUGGGCUUUGGUUAUGAUGUAGACUACACAUUCCUGGAUGUGAUGGCCAAGCAGAAUGAUGGACUGGCUCGCAGGAUCUAUGAGGCAUCAGAUGCUGCACUUCAGCUACAGGGUUUCUAUGAAGAGGUGGCUAGUCCACUCCUAUUAGAAGUGAAUCUGCAUUAUCCAGACAGUCUAGUGAAUUCCUUGACAAACAGCCACUUCAGGCAGCUUUUUGAUGGCAACGAGAUUGUAGUUGCUGGCCAACUGAAUGACCUUGCUGUGGACAACCUCCUAAUUGAGGUGUCAGCCCAAGGGCUAGAGGAGCAGUUUCUUGUCCAGGACCAGGUCAGUGUUGAGGAGUGGGACGUCAUGUUUCCUGAACAAGAGUACAUCUUUGGGGACUUCACUGAACGUCUCUGGGCAUAUUUGACCAUUCAACAGCUCCUAGACAAGCGGGACAAGUGUAAACCUGAAGAAAGUGAGAACAUCACAGCUGAAGCCUUGGACCUCUCUCUGAGGUACAACUUUGUCACCCCACUCACUUCCAUGGUGGUCACUAAGCCACAAAAUGAUGAAAAUCCAGAGGAUGCGCUCAUUGCUGACAAGCUGUCUGAGGAUCAACGGCAGGACAUAAUUCCACAGGAUUUCGACUAUGAUAUAACUGUAAUGCCCAUUGCAUUGAAAGGCAGCGCCCAGGCACUUAGGUACUUAGUUGAUGGAGAUCCACACUUCAUCAUUGAGAUUCCAGAGGUGAAUGAUGCUCUGUGCUUCAAUACUGAUGACAAACCAGGCACCAUCUUCAAUCUAGUGAGAGAGCCACUCACAGGUUUUGUAGUAAAUGGGCAGACCAUAGGAGACAAGAAAGUGGAACCUGGGAGCAAGGGGCACACCUAUUUUGGUCGCUUUGGGAUCAUUCAUGAGAAGUUCAACAUCAGAUUGAUGGUGACCACACGAGAGAUCCUUGUGUCUGAACAGGGCAAGCAUGAAGAACUUCUUUGGUCAAAAACAUCUACAGUUAAGCACCUAAACAUGGAGCUACAAGUAGCCAAAGACCACAGUUUAACAGUGACCCUGAGGAACACGGUGAAAUGUGUAAUCAUUCUGCACAAAGUGUGGGAGAAGCACCCCUACCACCAGGACUACUUGGGCUUUUACACAGUGGACAGCCACCUCCUCUCACAGAGUGUCCAUGGCUUGAUUGGCCAAUUUUUCCAUGGAGUGAAAUUUGAGGUCAGCGAACCCUUUCAAGGGAAGGACCAAGACAAACCUGAUGCAACCAUGUUUGUGAAGGGACACAAGCUUACAGUGACCAGGGGCUGGCAGAGAGAUUUCAGAAAGGAUGUAAAGAAUGGAGAAAAUGUGCCUUGCUGGUUCAUUCAUAAAAAUGGCACUGGGCUCAUUGAUGGGAAGCUUAGAGAUUACAUUGUCUCUGACCUCUUCAAGACAUUCUGAGGAAGAUCUAUAAGUGAAAACACAAACUGUCUGCCUUUUUCUUAACCCUUACUGGUCACAAAUAUACGAGUAAACCAUUUAUGUUUGGUUUAAAAAGUACCUGACGGCAGCACAGCAGGAUUUCUAUUGACAAAAAUUAAGACAACGUUGUUAGGGAGGUUUGUACAUGCUUCACAUUAAACGCAGUUGCCUGUUGUCCAAACAUACUGGUUUUAUAUCUGUUUUUUUGUUGUCAGUGUGAAUUACCUUUCAAAAAUUCACCUGUUCAAAAUCAGCCAGUACAGUUUCCUAGCAGUGACAAAGCUAGGGGGUGGCUGGGGUGGCACUGGCUACCCCUAAAAUCUGCCUGGCCACCCUUGGUGCCGCUUUAAAACUUUCUUCUCCCCAAAUGGGAGAAAAAAAAAAAAACAGAAGUUGAUACACAAGCCUUACCACAGUAAUCCAUCUGUAACAGUGCAUACACCAUCAGUAGAGAUGUUACAUCUAUUGUUAAUGUGCAACAUUAUAAUAUUGUCACACAUACCAGGAGAAAUUAAUCCUGUGCAAAUAGAAAAAAGAUUAUAGUCACACUCAUGCGACUGACCUUUGUGUGCAUGUCUGUACAUUUUCAUUCAAAUAUUUUGCUGAGUUGAAACGCUCAUGGAAAAGCUAAUUAUUCUUGAGUUGUUCUAGCUAUAUGAUGCAUGCGAUAUACUACAUUUCCAUCAGUCCUCUGCUGAGUGUUGUCAUACAACUUGUGACAGAGGUGAAAUUCUUGUGUUAAUGGUAAUUGUAGUCCAUCAGGUAAUACAAACAGUAUCGAACAAAUCUAGAUGUUUGUAAACAAAGGACCUCGCAAUGUACUGCUGGUGUGGGUUUAAUCUCACACUAAGAUGCAGAAAAAUACAACUUAAGUGCUUAAGCACCUCCUUGUGGGAAAUCUGAAGUAUUGUGGAGAAAGUGAAUUAUCUGUACAUCUCACAAAAUGAGCAUUAAAAUACCUAAAAAAAACUUUUA